AUGCCUCCGGUCGCAAUACACCCGCAGGCGAAGUUCGACCCAAUCCCACCGGACCUCGACCUCCACGCCCUCGUUCAGGACACGCCCAACUUCGAAUGGGCCACACAAAUCUCUGCGUCUGAGAUAUUUGCGCUCGGCCAGCAGCGGUUCGAGAAGCUUGUAAUGAUCCACGUCAUCAACGGCGGCAAGCCCCUCGUUAUCAAGGACUGGAACGACCGUCUGCCCAAGGACCUCUUCAGUGCCAAAUGGCUCGAGGAGGUAUACAACCGCAAGGAGGAGCAGGUGUGGGACAUUAACGGGAAGACCAACAUCCCCAUGACCAUGGGCCACUACUUGCGCUCCAUGAAGCAGCUCACGGACCAGUGGACGCCUCGAAACUUCCGCGACGAACGCCGUCAGCGCCUCUACCUCAAGGACAUUGACUGCCCGCCCGAAUGGCAAGAGAAGCUGGCCAAGGUUCUCCCACGGCUAAUCUUCUAUCUCAACGAGGACAUUGAGGGCGGCCACAGCACGAACCACUACGGCAUGACCGAUGAUGGCCAGGAUAUGUUUGUAGACGACCGCCCGACGGCCCGCGCUGGCGACCUGAUGAGCAGCCUUCCGCCCGAAAUGCGUGCCGACAACCUCAUGUGCUACAUUGGCCACGAGGGCACAUACACACCGGCCCAUCGAGAGAUGUGCGCCAGUCUGGGCCAGAACAUCAUGGUCGAGGCUUCGGGCUCUGAAAACGGCGAAAUCCCCGGCAGCUCGAUUUGGUUUAUGACCGAGACCAAGGACCGUGAAGUCGUCGGCGAGUACUUCUUGUCCAUGUUGGGUCACGAUGUCGAGAUCGAGAAGCACUUUGCGCAGAUCAAUGCCUGGAAGAAAGCUGCCUUUCCCGUCUAUAUCGUCAAACAAAAGGUGGGCGACCUCAUUCUGAUCCCGCCACUGGCGCCGCACCAGGUUUGGAACCGUGGCACACGAACCAUGAAGGUGGCUUGGAACCGCACUGUUGUCGAGACACUGGAGAUGGCGCUGCACGAGGCUUUGCCCAAGGCGCGACUUGUCUGUCGUGACGAGCAGUACAAGAACAAGGCCAUUAUCUACUAUACGAUGAAGAAGUAUUACAAGGUGCUCGAAUAUGCGCAGACGGACCGCCAACUUGUCUCGUUUGGUAUCGACCAGGACACCAUGCGCAACCCUGUCCGAACCUCGCAGGUCGCCGACGACUUCAAGAAGUUGAUGCGGCUAUUCACAGAGAUCCUCGUGGACGAGAUGUUCAACACUAAAGAGAAAAACGUCGAAUACAUCCCCUUCGAUUCCAACAUCACGUGCUCGUACUGCCGGUCCAACAUUUUCAACCGCUUUCUGACGUGCAAGCACUGCGUGCGGCCACUUGCCGACGGCGACGAAGAUACAUAUGAUGUCUGUAUGGAGUGCUACGCUAUGGGCCGCUCGUGCAUGUGCGUUUCGGGCCUCGGCUGGUGUGAGCAGUGGCCAUGGGAGGAGCUUGUCAGCAACUACGACCGCUGGCAAUCCAUGGUAGUAAUCAACGAUGGCUUUAUCGACGCCUUCUCAUCGCCGGCUCCCCUCGAGGUGGCUAGACUCCGUUCUGGCAAGAAGCCAGUGGCACAGAUUUGUCAAGAGCAGCUUCGCCGACGGCCGUUCAGAGAUAUCACGAAACCCCUGGAAAAGCCCGAGGUGCCCGAGGAGCCCGAGGCGCCCGAGGUCGACGACAACGGCAAAGUUAUCAAGAAGAAAACGAAGAGUCGGUCGAAAAAGGGCGAUACCUACCGUUGCCACGUCUGCUGCCACAAAGAUCACAGAUACCGCCUCGCGUUUUGCACGACACCCGGCUGCCUUGAGGCUUACUGCUAUGGUGUACUGUACCGGGGCUUCGACAUGAUGCCCCAAUCAAUCAUGCAAAUGGAGUACUGGAAGUGCCCCCGGUGCAUGAAGAUCUGCAACUGCGGCGCCUGCAGGCGAGCGGGCAUCACCAACCCGUACAUUCCAAAGGGCACUCUACUUGGCCACGAUACACGUCCCAUUGCCGACGACCGAAGUGUCGAGUCGCUCAUCAAUUUCCGAUUACACAACUUGCUAUGGCUGAAGAACAGCGGCGAGGAGGGUCGCAGUAUUGCCAGCAAACGUAUGCAAAGACUACGACAAGAAGCCGACGCAGCAAAAGCCCAAGGAGCUGAAGGCGAAUUAGAAAAUGGUUUCGGUAGUUUACAGAAUGGCAGCCAGGACCACAGCGUGGUGGACAAUGACCAUGAUUUUGGGGCCACGAUGGUGGCCGGACCGAACAGUGCCCACCCUCUUCACGAAAUCCAUGGCGGCGAGUCCGGCGUCAACCCGUCUCUGCUUCAGGACGGCUCGGCUACAUCUUACCCGGAGCUGGUCGACGGUUAUCCUAACCCAUCGGACUUUAUGCUCAACAACGAGCUGGCGGUGACGACCUUUGGCAGAGCGUACUACAUGGACGACGACGACAGCCCGAACAAGAUCUUGUUCGACCCGUACCAUGAACCUGCGCCGAACCCAACGGUCGGCAGCUUAGGCUCGAUGGAUACACUGCCUGAGUUCUUGGAGGGCUAUACACACAAGCCGAUUCGUAAACCAAAGCAGGAGAAAGACCUAGAUCCCGAUUACACCGGCCCAAAAAAGAGAAACCGAAAGGCUCCGAAGCCAGCCACCGACACUGAUCCUAACAUGAACCUGGACCCAGCGCUAUUGAACGCACAGCACCCGCCACCUGCGACCACCGCUGCUGACAUUGGUGCUACGGCUACGGGAGAUAUUGCCAGUUCCGAGAUCACUACAGCUGCUGCUCCUCCAGCGGCUACCUCGCCAAUCGAAGCCGUGAUCGCAACGGCCAUGGCAGGUGCCGCAGAUGGUGCAGCUAAUCAGGAAGCAAAAACGGUCGAAAACAACAAUGCCGAUACUGCCAACAAUGAAGACGAAGAAGAGGAGGUUAACGGACCGACCCAUGGAUAUCCCGCCAACAUUAUCGAACUUCGGCACGCAAGGCCAAAGGUUUCGUAUCUUGUUGAUGAAGCCAGCGGUGACGAAGCCGACGAAGAGGUCACGACGACCAAGGAAAAGGUUGCUGUCGUCAACGACACGGAUGUUAUUCCGUCAGUCGAAAAGGAGCCGUCUGCCGAGGUUGCUCCGGUCUCACCAUCGCCAUUGCCGGCUAGAAGCACCAUAGAGUCGACCAAAGAUACCACAACUGCAACUGCCGCUGCUGGUUCUUCUUCCAAAGAGGCUGGACAGGCACAACCCGAGCGUCGGAAGCGUGGUCGACCGCCACGGUCAAGUAUGGGCGACUUAGCAGGUUCAGUUGCCACACCGUCAAGCGAGCCUGCGGCAAAACGGUCUCGCAUUGCAGCCUCCCUUGCGUUUGCUGGAAAGAAGUCCGUGGAGGGCUUUGGCAGCGCCUGGAAGCCGGUCAAUGCGGCACGUCCCGGGCGGCCUCCCAACAAGGGGCGCACAAGUACGGCUGGUACCGGCAAGGACGACGACGACGACAGCGACAGCGACAGCGACAACUCGUUCCGAGGCCCCAGCAGUGCUCCGCCAAAGAGGAAGCCGGGCCGGCCACCUAAAAGAGCGGGACGUCCCAGCCUCUCUGUUGGGCGUCCCAGCAGUCCCAAUACCCCGGGUGUCCUUCCGCCCCCUUCCAUCCAAUUCAUGUCCAUGGCAGAACGCAUGGCGCUCAAGGGCAAGAAGUUCAAGAUGGGCGGCAAGAAGAAGGACAAGAAUAAGGACAGUAGCGCAACAUCUUCAACUGUCAAAUCACUGUCAACGGCGACCGCCCCUGCACCUGCGUCCAAAUUUUCGUCGGCUGUCAUGAUUGAGCCCGUGAACAAGCCAAUGGUCAUACCCUCGUCAUCGACAAAGGAGACGAGGUCUACGCCUAAGCCUGCUCCAACGGUCACUCGUCGCCGUACAAGCCUCUCUAACGAGAGUAGCAAUGACGAGUUCCCUCGUCCCACGCCGCCGUCCUUGCCCUCACGCGGCGCCUCUUUAGGCAGCCGUGGACGUGGACGUGGCCGCGGACGCGGACGUGGCCGGCCGGCUCGUGGGCGACCCGUUGGGAUAUCUCGUGAUGGCGGCCCGACCAUGGUACGGCUUGUCAGUUCAGACAGCGAAGGCGGUGACAGUGGCGACGAAGACUACCAAGGUGGCGGCAAGAAGACACCCGUCUCGCAGCAACAUGAUGACUCCGAAAGCAACACUGACGACAGCGACGAGUCCGGUGCGGGCGCAUCUAAUGUUCGCAAACCCUACUUUGCGCGCCGUGGCGGCGGACUUCGUGGCCGUGGCCGGGGACGUGGUCGAGGCCGUCGGCAGCCCCCAGGCGUGACCAGGUAA